AUGGCUUCGGCUACAAAUUCAAAGCACCCGCAAGUUAACGGGGAAGUAACAUCUAAUUCGUUUAAAAAAUAUAAAAUGGACAAUCAAAAUAAAGUGACUGUUGUUUUGGGUGCUCAGUGGGGUGAUGAAGGAAAGGGAAAAGUGGUGGAUUUAUUAGCUGUUAACGCCGACAUCGUGUGCCGCUGCCAGGGCGGCAACAACGCCGGUCAUACUGUCGUGGUGGACGGAAAAGAGUUCGAUUUCCACCUACUUCCUAGCGGCAUUAUCAAUCAGAAAUGUAUUUCCGUUAUCGGUAAUGGUGUGGUCAUUCAUUUGCCUGGGCUCUUCGAAGAGUUAAAGAAAAAUGAACUGAAGGGUAUGCAAGGUUGGCAGGACCGCCUUAUCAUCUCCGACAGGGCGCACAUUGUUUUCGAUCUACAUCAGCAGGCGGAUGGACUGCAAGAGGCGGAGAAGGGCAAAAACUCCCUAGGGACCACCAAGAAAGGCAUUGGCCCAACGUACUCGUCAAAGGCAACGCGAAAUGGCAUCAGGAUCGGGGAUCUGCUCGGUGACAUCGCCGUUUUCGAGGAAAAGUUCCGUACCCUUGCAGCAGGUUACAAACGGAUGUUCCCUGCAUUAGAAGUAGACAUAGAGAGCGAGCUGACCCGGUACCGCGAGUACGCGACCAAAAUCCGUCCCUUAGUCCGCGACACGGUUUCUUACUUGCACAAGGAGAUCAAAAAUGGCAGAAAAGUGCUGGUAGAGGGCGCUAAUGCUGCGAUGUUGGAUAUCGAUUUUGGCACAUAUCCGUAUGUGACGUCAUCCAACUGCAGUAUAGGCGGCGUGUGUACCGGACUAGGACUCCCGCCGAACGUGAUCGGUGAAGUCAUGGGCGUCGUGAAGGCGUACACCACGCGCGUUGGCGACGGACCAUUCCCCACCGAACUGCACGACGAGACUGGACAAUUGCUUCAAGACCGUGGUCACGAAGUGGGCGUCACCACCAAGCGAGUGCGUCGUUGCGGCUGGCUCGACCUUGUCGUAGUCCGGUAUACCGCCAUGGUCAAUGGAUACACUUCAUUGUGUUUAACAAAAUUAGACAUUCUGGACACCUUAAAGGAGAUCAAAGUGGGUGUAGCAUACAAGCUUAAUGGCAAGGUGAUAGACUACUUCCCGUCUUCUAUGGCAGAACUAAGCAAUGUUGAGGUGGAAUAUAUGACCCUUCCUGGCUGGGCGUGCAGUAUAGAGGAUGUCCGGCAAAUGGACAAACUACCUGAGCAAGCGAGAAACUAUGUCAAGGCGAUUGAAGACUUCCUACAGAUUCCUGUGAAAUUCAUUGGAGUGGGCCAAGGCAGGGAGUCUAUCAUCAGUGCCGAUUAA